UAGCUCUAAGCGGAAGUUGUUCACGCUAUGGCGGAGACAUAAAGCAUUCAAGACGAUUUACCAACUUCCUUUUUACUGUGGCCGCCAUAGCGAGUGGAGCGUGGUUCCCGGCGAGCCGAAAAAUAUUUUGCAAAAAUGGCCUGUGCCCGACCCCUGAUCUCGGUGUAUUCCGAGAAAGGAGAAUCUUCAGGCAAAAAUGUUAUCAUGCCUUCAGUGUUUAAGGCACCAAUUCGUCCUGAUGUUGUUAACUUCGUGCAUACCAACAUGCGCAAGAACAGCCGCCAGCCCUAUGCAGUCAGUGAACUGGCAGGCCACCAGACCAGCGCAGAGUCCUGGGGUACUGGAAGAGCUGUGGCUCGUAUCCCUCGCGUGAGAGGUGGUGGUACUCACCGUUCUGGCCAGGGUGCUUUUGGAAAUAUGUGUCGUGGAGGUCGUAUGUUUGCCCCAACUAAAACCUGGAGACGCUGGCACCGCAAGAUCAACAUUACCCAGAAGCGCUAUGCUGUCUGCUCUGCUCUGGCAGCAUCUGCUCUUCCUGCACUUGUCAUGUCCAAAGGACACCGUAUUGAGGAAAUCCCUGAGGUCCCACUGGUGGUUGAAGACAAAGUUGAGGGUUACAAGAAGACCAAGGAGGCAGUGCUGCUCUUGAAGAAGCUAAAAGCUUGGAAUGACAUCAAGAAGGUCUACGCCUCCCAGCGCAUGCGUGCUGGCAAAGGUAAAAUGAGAAACCGUUGUCACAUCCAGCGUAAAGGGCCAUGUGUCAUCUACAACCAAGACGCAGGAAUUGUCAAAGCCUUCAGAAAUAUUCCAGGCAUCACUCUGCAGAACGUGAACAAACUGAACCUCUUGAGACUCGCUCCUGGUGGUCACGUGGGGCGCUUCUGCAUCUGGACAGAGAGUGCUUUCCGCAAGUUGGAUGACCUUUAUGGCACUUGGCGCAAACCAGCCACCCUUAAAAAUGGCUACAACCUGCCAAUGCACAAGAUGACCAACACCGACCUGGGCAGGAUUCUCAAGAGUCAGGAGAUCCAGAAAGUACUCCGUGCUCCCAGUAAGAAGCUCAACCGCAGAGUACUAAAGAAGAACCCUCUGAAGAACCUGAGGAUUAUGCUCAAACUGAACCCUUAUGCCAAGACAGCAAGACGUCAUGCCAUCCUCAAGCAUGACCCCACGAUCAAGGCCAAGAUGCUGAAGUCCAAGAAGAAGCCCAAGAAGAAGAGAGCACCUAAGAAAACUACAGCAUAAAUACACAGACUGGAGUUCAGUUAUAAAUAAAUCUGUGGAUUCAAGUU